UAGUACAUAUAUGACAUUUGCAUUCUUACUCAUACGUCUUUGGCAAGCGCCAACUUAGAAUUAACUUUAGUUGGUUCGCGUUGGCACGGCCAGUGUGUCAAGAUCAUUCGAUCUAUCUCGUCUUACCCUUAUUACUCCUCCGAAGCGAAGAAAGAAGAAAGAAGAGAAGUAAAAAGGAUUCGAUUAUAGAAAAGAAUGGAGAGAAGAAGAGGAGGAGAUGGCGAAGGAGGUGGUGGAAGAGGAGAAGGAGGAGUGACAGUAGUAACAGCAGCGUUAGCUCUGGCCACGGCCUGUCUGAUGGUGCAGGGUGUGGUGGGUGCAGCCACGAGCAAUCCUCUACGUGCCUCCCACCUCCUCACCGUCGAUCAAUACGCCCCCCCUUCACCCCCGUACAACAACCAUGGACUGCUCGGGUUUUACGGAAGAAGAAGCAGCAACGACGGAAGCUCCACGGAGGAGAACGUGAACCAACAGCAGCACUAUCAUCAAUAUCAACAGCAACAGGAACAGCAGAUUAAUCGGAAGUUCCAAGAUGAUUCUCACAUCUAUCGAUCGAUCGACGAUCGUCAUAACCGACGUGACUCACUCAUUUCAUUCUCGGCCAAUGAUUUGUCGAUAGGAAAGGUUUACGACAAUGAUAACGUAGGAACGAUCUCGAGAGACUCGGCCGGUACGAUCGUUACUCAGAAUGACAAGGAAAGAUCGAAGCAUUUAUCCGGUAAGAAUGAAUACGAUGGGAAAAAGCCCGGUGGCGAUGAUUACGUUGCUCCACCAACCGAAAUGGACGAGCCUUUCGUGGCUGACGAAACGUUUCAGGACGAGGGUCCUGGAUCGGUAGAGAUAUACAAAUUGGAUUUGUUUGAGGGUAGGAAAUCCUUACCAAGUCCAAUGUCUAACGUAAAGGGAGUAAUAAUGACGGGGUUGACGGGAUUAACGUUACCAACCCCGACAUCUAUCGCUACAUCGGCUACGAUGAGAAUAGGUAAUAACAAGAGCAAAAUGCCAAAGAAAAGUUCAGGGCUAAGUUGGAAGGUUGGAAAAUCGUCAAACGGGUUGUUAAAGUCAACGACGAUAACCAUGGUUAGUACCGGUAAUGAUAAUGAUAACGAUGGCGGUGCUACUGGCAGUGGCACCAAUAAUGAUACCAAGGACCUUCACGGUAGAUCGAAUUUCUUGGAUUCAGAAUUAAGGUCGGAAGUACCGAGUAACGUUGAAGCUUUUGGAGUUGGGGGUGUGCCCGAGUUACAAGUUGGUUGCGAGGGUCUCGAAGCUCCUUCCUCUUCCUCCUCCUCCGCCUCUUCUUCCUCGGCCACUUCCUUUUCCUAUUUCUCACCCUCUUCUCGCAAACUGAAGAGAUCCGUUGAGAAGACCGAGAAAACCGGGGAACCAAAUGGUAAGGCAGAGCAACCUACGGCACCGUUCAAUGUCGUACCGAUAUCACUUGAUCUCGACUACGAUAUAUCCGCCGAGAGUUACGAGGAAAUGGACGAGCUCUUCAAGUUAAAAAAGUUAGAGUCCGAGCCUAAGAGAAAUAAAGAGAAUCGUGGCGACAUAGACGCUAUGGUAAAUGAUUUUUUGAUUCAGGAUAGAAACGUCAAGGAGAGAUUACCUGUUAGAGGUGAUCUCGGUAAUUCGAGCUUAUCGAGCGUUGUCGAAUCGAUUAAAAACGUUAACGAUUUGAAAGGUAGUAGAAGGAAAAGGAGUAGUAGCAGUAGUAGUAGUAGUAGUAGUAGUAGUAAUAGUUCAUCGUUAUCCGAUACGAAUACGAGCGGAUACGUUUCACGUUUCAAUGGUCGUUCUCGAAAGUUGUUAUGGGUCGACAGUGAGAGUGACUCCGGUUUAUGGGGUUACGGUGAGAACGAAGGUCUAAUAUCUAGUGACGAAUUGGAUACCGAACAAAGAAGACGACAACAACAACAACAACGACAACAACAGGAUAAGAACAUAGUCAACGUUGAAAUCGAUAAGAUUCGAGAGGAAUACGAUAGAUUGUUGAAACAGCAAAGAAUAGUGGAAGAGGAAAGAUUGCGAAGGGUCAAGGAACUCGAGUCAAGAAGAUCACCGACGUCGAACUCCGUUAGAGAUGAGGAAGAUAGAAGGAAGAAAUUUUACGAGGAUAGAACGAGAAUGGAGGAAUUGCGUAGACGCGAGGAAGCGCGAAGAAGGGAGGAGGAAUAUAGAAGGAGAAAUUUGAUAACGGAGGACAGAAGGGAUUUGGAGAACAGACGAAGAGAAUGGAUGGCCAAGAGAAGAAAGGAGGAAGAGGAGAUGGAACGAAGGAUGAAAUUGUUGGACGAAGAGAGAAGGAGACGGGAAGAAUUGGAGGAACGGAGAAGAAUGAAAGAUCUGCCGAUAGCGAAUUUACAAUUGGCUCGUUAUAAUUUUAAUAAAAACGAAAGUAGAGAGAACGAGGAAGAGGAGAGAAGGAAGUUGGAAAGAGAAUACAUGGAAAGAAAUCGUCUUUUAGAGAGACAAAGAAUGGAGGAUGAAAGAAGAAGGCAGAUGUUAGAGGAGGAAAGAAGGAGAAGGGAGGAGGAAAGAAGAAGAGAAGCUAUGACGGAGGAGAGAAGGAUUGAGGAAGAAAGAAAGAGAAUGGAAGAGGAAAGAAGGAGGGGGACAUUGGAGGACGAAAGAAGGAAAAUUGAGGAGGAAAGAAGGAGGCAAGAAUUUGAGAAAGAGAGAUGGAGAAUGGAGAAUGAAAAGAGAAAGCAAAUGUCGGAAGAAGAGAAUAGAAGAAGAAUGGAAAUGGAGAGAUCGAGAAGGUAUAGGAAUAACGUGACGCGUGACAGAAACGACGACGAGGAAUAUCGAAGAAAAAGAAUAAUGGAGGAACGUCAAAGGAGACUAGACGAGGAGAGAAAGUUGCAGGAAUACGUGAGAAGAAAUCAACCGGUCGAACUUAGGAAGGAUGAACGAAGAAACGAACAUUGGAACGUUUCACAAAGAUGGAGGGAAAGGGAGGAGGAGAAGAGGAAGAAGGAGGAGGAAGAGAAGAGGAGGCAGAUGGAAAGGGCGAUGGAGGCUGUCAGGCAAAUGAAUCGAUCCAAUAGAUAUCCACCGGGUUCGGGAUAUGAGAGGAGAGAGCACGGUCCCUCUGCUCCGACUUACAUCGAUCCUAGAGUCUCGCUGGACGAGGCUAGAAGGAGACAGGAGAUUGAAGCAUUGGAACGACGACGUAAGGAGGAAGAGGAGCAAAAACGACGAAUAUUAGAGGAGGAACGUAGGAGAGAGAUCGAGUAUAAGAGGGAACAGUCGAGAAGAUAUGAAGAGGAAAGAAAGAAGAUGGAAACGUUUAGACUCGAGGAAGAUAGAAGGACACAGGAAAUGAUUGAGAAUCAGAGAAGAAGAGGUAUGACAUCUGUGAGAAGAGUAGGGCCUACGGCUACCGUAAGUUCUGUUCUUCCGGUUUUGGGGAAUUUAAUGGAGAAUCGAAGAACAACUGAGAUACGUCAAAGGGAACGACUGAGAGAACAACAAAGAGAACAACAAAGGAUCAGGGAGGAAGAAGAGAAAAAGAGACGGGCGAUUAUAGCACGACAAAACGCACGACGUCAGCAUGAGAAUAGUGCCAAAGCCCAAUGGGAAAGGGAAGAUAACAGGAGAAUUAUGAAUGAACAAUAUAGGCGGCAUGAGGAAGCCAGAUUGAACGCGUUACCGGUUAGCGCUAGGAUAAUAGUUCAACCCAAAGGAUCCUUGCCUCAUUCAAGGCCGACGUUCACGUCGAGGGCAGGCUUUGAAAACGAGAUCAAUUUCCCGAACGUAAAUCGACGCAACAACGGAGUACAAACGACGAUAUUUCCACCAUACGUUCGAAGUCCUAAUCCUUGCGUUUGGGCCGUCGUUCAUUGCUGUCCAACUAACACGAAUCGUCUCGUCACGUGUUUCGAAUCGCUCGGUUGUCCCGGAGUGAAUUGGGAUCCAAAUCCCUGCAGAGGAGCCAUCGCGGAUGCAGCGAGAGAAGAGGUCAUGAGAUUUUACAAUUCACAGGAAGAGGACGACCGUAAUUGAGUGACCCCAGCCAGGCAUCACCUACCUACCCACCUACCUACCUACCUACCUACCUACUUACCUACCUACCUAUCUACCUAUCUAUCUACCUAAUCUACCUAACUACCUAUCUACCUAACCCCCUCGAAUUUUCGAAAUCAACCGCGUAUGAAAGUGACUUUUCUUUCUCUGUCACUCUUUUUUUUCUUUUUAUUAUUCUCUUGUUUUCCUUUCUUCUUUUUUUUUUUUAUUUUCUAUCGAUCUUCAUAUCUUCCCUUUUUUUCUUUUAUUGUUUCUUAUUUUUUCCUUCUUUUUUUUUUCUUUCUUUCUUUAUUUUCUUCCCCCAUUGUCAAUCUCUCGUUUGCGCAACGCGCGCGCGCACGCGCGCCCGUAAGAGUGGAAAAAAUGAAAAAGAGAUUUUUUUAAAUGACAAAAAAAGAAAAAGGAAAAAACAUUCAGGAAGAUAUCCUCGCAUUAUAGAAUGGAAAUUAAUUGCAAACGUAUGAACGAUCGACCAUUAGUAUUGAAUAGCGGUAAAAUUUUUCAUAUACUGCCGCGCUUGGAGAUGACUAACACUAAGUAUACGUAUAGUCUAAUAUAUUUUAAUAUAUACCAUAUAUA